AGCUGGACUACAUUGACGUGGAAUCAUUUGCUUCAAUUUCUGCGCAUAUUGCAUUUAUUGUGUGUACAUUACCUGUAGGUACAACGACAGUCAGACCUCACCAUCUUGUAUAUUUAAGUACUAUUAAGAUUCAAGUAUUUCUUCUGUUAAAGUUUUCUAUUGUUUCAAAGAACUCCUUUGAGUCUUUCAAGUAUGUAGCUGUUUCAAGGUCACUUCAGUAGUUUUUAAAUAUUUCUCCCCACAGGACUUUUUCAAAGAGCAAUAGCUCAAAGCGGAACAGCUCUCUCCAGCUGGGCAGUUAGUUUUCAGCCUGCAAAAUACGCCAGGAUGUUGGCUACGAAAGUUGGUUGCAACAUGUCAGACACUGUAGAAUUGGUAGAAUGUCUGCAGAAGAAGCCUUAUAGAGAACUUGUCGACCAGGACAUUCAACCAGCAAGAUACCAUAUAGCCUUUGGACCAGUAAUUGAUGGCGAUGUGAUACCAGAUGAUCCUCAGAUAUUGAUGGAACAAGGAGAAUUUCUCAAUUAUGACAUCAUGUUGGGAGUUAACCAAGGGGAAGGGUUAAAAUUUGUUGAAAAUAUUGUGGAUAGCGAAGAUGGCAUAUCAGCUAGUGAUUUUGACUUUGCUGUUUCUAAUUUUGUCGAUAACUUAUACGGAUACCCUGAAGGCAAAGAUAUUUUGAGGGAAACUAUUAAAUUUAUGUACACAGACUGGGCAGAUCGACACAAUCCUGAGACCAGAAGGAAAACACUGCUGGCUUUGUUUACUGAUCACCAGUGGGUUGCACCAGCAGUGGCUACAGCAGAUCUUCACUCAAAUUUUGGAUCGCCUACAUAUUUCUAUGCCUUUUACCAUCAUUGCCAGACAGAUCAGGUACCUGCAUGGGCAGAUGCAGCCCAUGGAGAUGAGGUUCCUUACGUACUAGGAAUCCCCAUGAUUGGUCCUACUGAAUUAUUUCCUUGUAAUUUCUCCAAAAACGAUGUCAUGCUAAGUGCAGUGGUGAUGACGUACUGGACAAACUUUGCAAAAACUGGUGACCCAAAUCAACCAGUGCCGCAAGAUACAAAAUUUAUCCAUACAAAACCAAAUCGUUUUGAAGAAGUAGCAUGGACCAGAUAUUCUCAGAAAGACCAACUGUAUCUUCACAUUGGAUUAAAACCACGAGUUAAAGAACAUUAUAGGGCCAAUAAAGUGAACCUUUGGUUGGAACUGGUACCUCAUCUGCACAAUCUUAACGACAUUUCACAGUAUACCUCUACCACAACUAAAGUGCCAUCGACUGAUAAUACUUUCAGACCAACAAGGAAAAAUUCUGUUUCUGUUACUUCAGCCUUUCCUACAGCCAAACAAGACGAUCCCAAACAACAACCAAGCCCCUUUUCAGUGGAUCAAAGGGACUAUUCAACAGAAUUGAGUGUUACUAUUGCAGUUGGUGCAUCUUUGCUGUUCCUGAACAUUUUGGCAUUUGCAGCAUUGUACUACAAAAAAGACAAGCGGAGACAUGAUGUUCAUAGGAGGUGUAGCCCACAACGUACUACUACCAAUGAUCUUACCCAUGCACAAGAAGAGGAGAUAAUGUCCCUCCAAAUGAAGCACACUGACUUGGAUCAUGAAUGUGAGUCCAUCCAUCCACAUGAGGUGGUUCUUAGGACCGCCUGUCCCCCAGACUACACACUAGCUAUGAGAAGGUCUCCUGAUGAUAUUCCUUUAAUGACACCCAACACCAUCACAAUGAUACCCAACACUAUACCAGGGAUUCAACCCCUACACACAUUCAAUACAUUUACCGGAGGACAGAACAAUACUCUGCCCCAUCCUCAUCCCCACCCCCAUUCACACUCAACAACCAGGGUAUAGCCAGACAAGAUGAAACAAACUUUAUUUUUUGAUGGAUUACAGUAGGUGAUAUUACUGAAGAUUACUUGGCUUUCAACCUACAAGACUCUUACUAUUUAAAUACGGAGGAAUAUUAUGUGAAUAUACAUAUCAAGAACUUUCGGGGUUUUGAAAAAAAUGCAUUGUACAUAUAUCGAAUGAACUUAAGAAACAAACAAACAAAACAAACAAAAGAAAAAACAAAAAAACCCAACUGUUUGCAAUUGCUUGAAGCAGUUGUCCUGAAUGAUACUUUUUCAUUCACAUUCAAGUAUUAAUUUUUUGAAGAUUUAAGUUACAUAGUGGAAUUAGGCAUGUGCAACACAAACAGGAAAGAACUAUGACUGAAAAUUUUAAAAACCUAUAAAUAUGCACAAGGGACACACUAAUGGAAUGUCAGAUAAUUUUCACCAAUUUUUAUUUGGACCUGUUUUCUUGUGUAGACCAUAUUUACAUAUUUGAAUAAGUACACAAAGCACCAAUGCUGUUAAGGCCUUAGAAAGGGGCUCAUGCUGAAACCUGCCAGUCAAAGAAGUUUUACAGCCUGGCAGGUACAACAUUAUCACAUAAGUGCUGUCAGUAUAAAAGUUGUGGGAAUAAAGGAAACUGGAUAUUUUUAGCACGAUGUGCAUGAUAAUUUAUAUGCUUGGUGGCUGUGCUGCUGAUUAAGCCGUAAUUAAAAUUCUUCUCAUCCCAUUGGAGUUUUUAAUAGAAGCUUUCUCCAUCAAUUGGCACAACCUAAAGAAGUAUUUUAAAGGGGCAAAAGUAAUUACAGUAAAAUAUUUCACGGUAGCUACAGAAAUAGAGGGAAUUGCAACAGUUCUGAAACGUAUUUAUGGCAUUCUAGGUAUACAGUGGUGAACCCUCGCUGAUAUGAAUCCCAGACAAAGAAUCUGUAUUAUUAAUGUUCUUUUUCCUUUCCACCUAAAUGAUUUCUAACUUUAACAUAACUAUAAUUUUAAUGGAAUCUCCUUUGAUGAAGGAUUUGUAAUUUGCUGUGAUUUAGUUACAAUAUAUUUAGCUCAAAUUGGUAAGGUAAAGUGUGUCCAAAAAUUGAAUUGCAAUGAUAUCUUGCAAUAUAAAAAUGCCCCUAUGUUACCGCUCUGAUUACACUUUUCAGUUUAUUGUUUAAACUCAUGUUGCAUGUUACAAAGUUUACUUAUAAUGCUUUAAUAUAACGUUGAUUCCCUUUUUGCUAUACAUUAGCUUUGCCGUUCAAAUGACUUCUCUAGACCAGAUGGCAACAGUGUAGAAAAAGAGGGUAUGUCUGAACGGGGGGAGAGACAACAACUGGAAAUUUUAAAAUCUGAACACUACAGAUGUUUGUGUGAUUUGAAAUGAAUGUUCUAAAAUCACAAGGAAUUUUUCAUUCCCCUGUUGCUUUCCAGUAAUUAUAUACCACGGUCCUUUCAAAAUGUUUGUAUAUGUAAUCAGAUGUACAUUUAUAUAAAAGAAAUAAUUGAGAUGGACUUAAGAGCACAUCCCUGAUAAAUACUUUCUGUCUUACCUGUACUAUAUUUCUAUUAGACUAAAGUUAUGUGAUUUUUUUUUACAUUUUUUCAAAUUACUAGCAAUUUUGAUAGUUUGUAAGAUAAUGCGAAGAACUUUCUCUGACAAACUAACUGCAGUAACAGAAACAUUUCUUUUCAGUUACUCUUUUUCAAGAAUGAAAGCUUAUUACACACAAAAAUUGUAUACUACUUGAUGGAAAAUUACUUUGUACUUCUUGGCCAUAUUACUGGUCACUGAGUGAAAUAAAGAUAAUCUGGAUAACGAA